AUGAAUCAACGAUCACUUUUUACGUUAUUGUAAGUCUAAGAUCCCAAAAUAUUACUCUUUAAUGUGAAAUUGAACCUGAAUUGCCAUUUAAGAAGGUCAUGCUUGAAAUAGCAAAUGAAAUAUACGCAGAAAUAGGAAGCAUAGUUUCAAUCCUACCCUUUUUAUAUUAAAUUAAAAGCUUAACUGGGAAAUGAUCUUGAGUUAUAACUAAAUGACUCAAGAUCUCUUAUAGAUUUGGGUUUUACAAACAAUUGCACACUCUAGAUGAGAGAAAAACAAACCCAAUAAAAAGUCUUUAAUACAAGAAUAUAUAAAGUACAUGUGGAGUUGAAAGUUAAGAAAAUAGAACUAUUUAUAGAAUAAUUUCAAACUACUCCAAUAUCCUGUGUUUUUCAUGAUAUUUUAGUCUAAUUAUUUUAAAAUCCUCAACUCAAAAUUGCUCGUCCAUUGGCUUUUUUUAUAGAUGGAACAGAAAUUCAACCAUAUGAUCUUCGAUAAAUAUAAGAGUUUUAAACUGGCAAAGGUAUUAUAGUAAAAUCAAUCGAUCCAAAUGAAGUACCCAAUUAAAAUUCUAUCGAAAAAUUCCAAUUUGCAAUGUAUCAGAGUAAGGAGAUUAAACAUUAUUUGAAAAAACAGAUAAAAAUAUAGUUGGAUGACGAUAUGGAAAUGUAUGACUAUAAUGAUAUUCCUCUAGAUGAAUUAGUUCAAAAACAUGUUAAAAUUAAAUUAAGGUAAUAUUUUAAACAAAGUUAUUUUAUCAAUGAUGAAAUAAUAAUAUUUGAGCUCGAAAAUAUUUAUGCUUUAAAUGAUUUCAAGCUUGACAUCUAAUAAUUUGAUGAAUCAUAGUAGAUAAAUUAUUAUUUUAUUGGAGAUUUUUAUAAGAAAUAUCAAAUUCAUAGUAUUAUAGAUAAAAACAACUAUUAUUUUGAAAAAUAUUUGCCAAUAGACACUUCAAAUACAGGACUCUAAAAAUAUAUCAAUCAUUAAAUAUUUGGACUUAAUUAACAUAAUUACCAGAAAGAAUUUAUUUUUAAAGAGGACUAAUUUGUUCUGAAAUAUUCUAAGAUCUGA